AUGGACACCAUCUUCCAAGUCCAGGGCAGCCCAAAGUCGCGCCUUGCGCCCCUCUUCCUGAUCCACGCCAUCUCCGGCCUGGCCAUGCCAUACAACUCGCUCGGCUCUCUCGACACCCGCGGACGAACCGUCUACGGAAUCAGCUCCCCCCUCUACGGACCACGCCGGUACCGUCUACCAUCCUCCAUCGAUGAUGUCGCUCGCCAAUACAUCCGUCUGGUGCGCAGCAAGCAGGCCACGGGUCCGUAUGUGCUUGGCGGGUGGUCGUUUGGUGGCCUCGUCGCGCUGAAAAUGGCCGAGCUGCUUACCGCGCAGGGGGAGACCAUUCUGCACGUUAUUAUGAUUGAUACACCGAAUCCAAUCUCCCGUCCGCCUUGGGGCAGUGAGGGGCAAGAAGGGCUGGCGGCACUCACUUACAAUGCCAUUGCACAGCAGGCGGGCCAGCCGAUACUGAACGCCCGGCAGCCUACGCCCCCGGAGAAGGGGGAGGGGACAGGCGCAGAUGCGGAUGAUGAGUCCGCUGUCAUGUGGCAGAACAUGUACAAACAUAUCUACAAUGUGCUGGCGCUCGUGGAACGGGCUGCAGACGGGGAGUUUGUUGGCGCCUUGAAAGAGGUCAACGUUUCGUUUGUCAAGUGCUCGGUUCUGGAAGUGCCCCCCUCAAGCCUGAUCACGGAGUCCAGUAGGAAGUUUUAUUUUGAUCGCUACGAGGAUGAGUAUAUGGGCUGGCAGCCUGAGCUGUUUGCCGGCUGGGAGGGGUAUACUCUAGCGGCGGAGCAUAAUAGUGUGUUCGAACCUGCUCAUGUAGACGAUUUGACCGGUAUUUUGAGAGAUAUUGUAGGCAAAGUUGUUGGAUAG